AACUGCCUGGCGCUGAUGGGGAACGGGGCGGGGGGGGGAGAAGGCGGAGUAUGUGGCAAGGCUGAUUAAAAGGGACAUUGAUCACAUCAAGGGGAUUCGGAAGAAAAGAGGAAGGAGAGAGAGAGAGAGAGAGAGAGAAGGUGGCCGUUGGGGUGGGCAGGAAGCGUGAUGAGAGGAGCGGCGGCAGCAACAACCCGGGCGACCAGAGGCUAGCUUGCACACCGGGGGGAGAGGGAGCGAGAGCGAGAGGAAGCCAGGCAAAGGCAAAAAGCGCUACCGCAGGGGAGCCAAAUGCAGGAUCUGCCUGGUAGCACUCUUUCUAUCUAAUGCAUGUCCUCCCUGCAGUGUGCAAAGGCGCCCAAGCACGUUUAAUUGGAUUUCGGCCUCUCCGCGGGAGGAGGAGGGUCGCGGAGUGCCUGGACUAGGAGGAGAUCGACGAUUAGGGAGGUUCAUUCGGGGUUUCAUAAACUAGGCAAAAAAAGAAAAAGGGGGGGGGCGAGAGAGAGGGAGGAAGAACCCGAAGAGAUCCAGGGCAAGCGCCAAGCUCGCGAGGGGGCCCAACUGCCCUAAGGCCACGGCGUGGGGCUCGCUCUUCUCCCGCUGCAGGCGCUUUUCGGCCGCGCGUCAAUGAAGCGAACGGGAGCGAGUCGAGGGCCAAGGUAGGCAGAGAGCCUCUCGCCGAGGUCUCUCCUGGUGCCUCUUCUCUCCCCGUGGCCCUUUUCCGAGCCGGGCAGUUUCGCGAGGCCUCCCCGCCGCUCGCGGCCGGCCUUUCCUCAUGCUAGAUACGCUCCGACCCGCGGUCUCCCCCUUCGCGUCGGAGAUGGCGCUCUGCAAGACGGUGGCGUGGCUGAACGAGCAGCUGGAGGUGGGCAACGAGCGGCUGCUGCUGAUGGACUGUCGCCCGCAGGAGCUCUACGAGUCCUCGCACAUCGAGUCGGCCAUCAGCGUGGCCUUGCCGGGCAUCAUGCUGAGGCGGCUGCAGAAGGGCAACCUGCCGCUCCGCGCCCUCUUCGCCAGCGGCGAGGAAGAGCGCGAGAAAUUCGCCCGCCGCUGCGGCACCGACACCGUCGUCCUUUACGACGAGAGCAGCAGCGAGUGGAACGAGAACACGGCCGGCGACUCGGUCCUGGGGCUGCUCCUCAAGCGCCUCAAAGACGACGGCUGCAAGGCCUUCUACCUGGAAGGUGGUUUUAGCAAAUUCCAGGCAGAGUAUGCCCUGCACUGCGAAACUAACCUAGACAGUUCAUGUAGCAGCAGUUCUCCUCCAUUGCCAGUUCUGGGCUUAGGCGGCCUCCGAAUCAGCUCAGACUCCUCAUCAGACAUUGAGUCCGACAUUGACAGGGAUCCCAACAGUGCUACUGACUCUGAUGGCAGCCCCUUGUCCAACAACCAGCCUUCGUUCCCAGUGGAGAUUCUACCUUACCUCUAUCUGGGCUGUGCCAAGGAUUCUACUAAUUUGGAUGUUCUGGAAGAGUUCGGCAUCAAAUACAUCCUGAAUGUCACUCCCAACCUGCCUAAUCUUUUUGAGAAUGCUGGCGAGUUUAAAUACAAGCAGAUUCCUAUCUCCGACCACUGGAGCCAAAAUUUGUCUCAGUUCUUUCCUGAGGCCAUCUCUUUUAUAGAUGAAGCCCGUGGGAAGAACUGUGGAGUGCUUGUUCACUGCCUGGCAGGAAUCAGCCGGUCAGUCACAGUGACAGUCGCAUAUCUUAUGCAAAAGCUCAACCUGUCAAUGAAUGAUGCUUAUGACAUUGUCAAGAUGAAGAAAUCCAACAUCUCUCCCAACUUCAACUUCAUGGGACAGCUGCUGGACUUUGAGAGGACUCUAGGACUGAAUAGCCCUUGCGACAACCGUGUGCCCAGCCAGCAGCUGUAUUUCACCACUCCUGCCAACCAAAAUGUCUUCCAGGUGGACUCUCUGCAGUCCACGUGAGUGCCAGCCAGUUCCAGCUCUUCCAACCUUGGAUCAAGUGAUCAUUCCUCGAUGCUUCUAUUUGAUGGCAGCAAGGGAGUGCCGCUCUCUUUGUGGGCAACGCGAUUGAGCAGCGGCUGCCUGUGUGCUAAACAAAAUAAAAGGUUAAAAAGUUCGGAAUCAGCUAUUGGAAAGGAAGGAAACUUACUCAGUUCUCCAGGGUUAGGGUGGGUGGGGUGGGGGUGAGAGGAACUUCAGUUGUUGCCUAGGUAAGCAGCAUAUUUUGCUCAAUGCACAAAGAUCCCACCUAUGCAAGGACUUGGAACUGAGGACUUCCAAACACAAAUAGGGGGAAAUAGACACUCUGAACACAUGUCCUCUGUUGUGAGACUGGGAGAAAUGUAUUACUUGCAUUUUUAAUAUAUAUGUGGUUGUCUUCAGUGAAGACUAAAUGUUUAUUUUCUUUUUCCUUAUAUUGAUUUAGAGGAGCCAAAGAGAGAGGUUUCAGCUCAGUAUAUUUUGAAUGUUUGUUUGCCAAGAGCAUUGUCAGGCUUGGCUUGAUUGAUGUAAAUGUUUUAAAUCUCAAAUUGAUAAUCAACAUCAGUUUAAUGAUAGGUACAUGAGGUCAACUAGAGGGAUGUCAUUUUUCUCCACUCUUGAGUAAUCCAUUCAUUUUGCCUGCGAAUGGUAAAUUUGCAGCAUGCUUACUUUUCUUGUUGAAACUAAGUACAUUUUCUUCCUUCAUUAGAAAAUGGAUGUCUCUGCUUUUGAGGUUUGUUUAUUCACACUGUGUGAAU